AUGUCUACACCACAUAUGUCUCACAUUCCAAGUAAUCCAUUCUCAUGUGACAACCUCAGUACCAUAACAGGAACCCCACAAUACAUACCCCCAAUACUGCCUUGUACAAAUACUAAGUACCCACCACAAAACACAACUACUAUCACAAGUACAGUGCCCUUAAUACCCAUAAAUGUCUCAUCAACACCACCUAACCCUGCAGUGGUAAUACAACCUCCUACACAACCAUCCACACCUAUACCUAAUCCAUCAUCAGGUAACUCUUGUCAAAACCCUCAUACCAGUCAGUCAAACCCAUUCAUUUUGCAGCAAGGUCAACAGACUGUAAUACCCAAUCCUUUCCUUGGACCACAGCCUACUUAUCCCUUUAAUAAUACCAAUCCAUUCUUUUAUUCAAUAAAUACUCCAGUAGCAAUUCCUCAGUGUACCAGUGUUAAAGCCGAAAGAUGUAGCCCUUCUCAUACUUUCUGA